UGUUGCUAGAGGGAUUGUGGUGAAAAUGGCGACGUCUCGUCGCACUUCCCAGCAACAACAACAAAACUUAUCUUCCCCUCCAAGGAUUACUCCAAAUUCCUUUACUCCUCCAGGAUCUCCUUCGGUACCUGGCGCUCCAACGACAUCAGAUCCUGCGGGAGCCGAGCAGGAUAGCGUUGGGGAUCCGGAGACUGCUCCGGCCUCCCCCGAUGUCCCCGCUCCUCUCCUCAGCAGUAGCAGCAGCAGCAGCAGCUCCAGCUCCACAACAACCGGCGGGGGCAGCAGUGGCGGAUCGAGUCCCGACUCUAAUAACACCAGUCCCGGAGGCGUCGACUGCGGGACAAGCGGUGCUUUUAGAGAUCUUUUUGAAGCAUGCCGAAACGGGGACGUAUCUCGGGUGAAGAGGCUGGUGGAUUCGGUCAACGUUAAUGCGAAGGACAUGGCUGGGCGCAAAUCCACCCCGCUUCACUUUGCUGCAGGUUUUGGUAGGAAGGACGUGGUGGAGCACCUUUUGCAGACUGGUGCAAAUGUGCAUGCACGAGAUGAUGGUGGUUUGAUCCCCCUCCACAAUGCAUGCUCCUUUGGCCAUGCUGAGGUGGUCAGCUUGCUGCUGUGCCAGGGUGCUGACCCCAAUGCCAGAGACAACUGGAAUUACACUCCACUACAUGAGGCCGCUAUCAAGGGCAAAAUUGAUGUGUGCAUAGUGCUGCUCCAGCACGGCGCCGACCACAACAUCCGCAACACCGAUGGCAAGUCUGCCUUGGACCUGGCCGAGCCGUCCGCCAAGGCCGUCCUCACCGGUGAAUACAAGAAGGACGAACUCCUGGAAGCAGCGAGGAGUGGAAAUGAAGAGAAGCUCAUGGCCCUGCUCACCCCGCUCAACGUCAACUGCCACGCCAGCGACGGGCGCAAGUCGACAUCUCAAAAAAUGCUGUCCACUCCUUUGCACCUGGCAGCAGGAUACAACAGAGUCCGAAUCGUCCAGCUUCUCCUCCAGCAUGGUGCAGAUGUGCAUGCAAAAGACAAAGGUGGCCUGGUUCCUCUACACAACGCCUGCUCCUACGGCCACUACGAGGUCACAGAGCUGCUACUGAAGCACGGCGCCUGUGUGAACGCCAUGGACCUGUGGCAGUUCACUCCUCUGCACGAGGCUGCGUCGAAGAACCGCGUGGAGGUCUGCUCUCUGCUUCUCAGCCACGGGGCUGACCCUACCCUGGUCAACUGCCAUGGGAAGAGCGCCGUGGACAUGGCCCCCACGCCGGAACUCAAAGAGAGACUGACCUACGAGUUUAAGGGCCAUUCUCUCCUGCAGGCAGCACGGGAGGCUGACAUGACCAAGGUGAAGAAGUCUCUGGCCCUGGAGGUCAUCAACUUCAAGCACCCACAGACGCACGAGACUGCGCUGCACUGUGUGGUUGCCUCCCCGCACCCCAAGAGGAAGCAGGUGACGGAGCUGCUCCUGCGCAAAGGGGCCAACGUUAACGAGAAGAACAAAGACUUCAUGACACCUCUGCAUGUAGCAGCUGAGAGGGCUCAUAACGACAUCCUGGAAGUGCUGCAGAAACAUGGGGCGAAGACGAACGCAGUGGACACUCUGGGUCAGACAGCAUUGCAUAGGGCAGCCCUUGCCGGGCAUCUCCAGACAUGUCGUUUGCUGUUGAGCUACGGAGCAGAUCCUGCUGUCAUCUCUCUUCAGGGCUUCACUGCAGCACAGAUGGGAAACGAGGCUGUCCAGCAGAUCCUGAAUGAAAACAUUCCAGUGAGAAAUUCAGACGUGGACUACAGGCUUUUAGAGGCAGCUAAAGCAGGAGACCUGGACACUGUGAAGCAAUUGUGCUCUCCUCAGAAUGUGAACUGCAGGGACCUGGAGGGCCGUCACUCGACGCCGCUGCACUUUGCAGCUGGCUACAACCGCGUGGCCGUGGUGGAGUACCUGCUACACCAUGGCGCUGACGUCCACGCCAAAGACAAAGGGGGUCUGGUGCCGCUGCACAAUGCCUGUUCGUACGGUCACUACGAGGUUGCAGAGCUGCUGGUGAGGCACGGUGCAUCGGUUAAUGUGGCUGACCUGUGGAAAUUCACGCCCCUGCACGAGGCCGCAGCCAAGGGAAAAUAUGAGAUCUGCAAACUGCUUCUAAAGCAUGGGGCGGACCCCACUAAGAAGAACCGUGACGGGAAUACGCCCCUGGACAUGGUGAAGGAAGGCGACACGGACAUCCAGGAUCUGCUGAGGGGAGACGCGGCACUGCUGGACGCCGCUAAGAAAGGCUGCCUGGCCCGUGUGCAGAAACUCUGCAGCCCAGACAACAUCAACUGCCGAGACACGCAGGGACGCAACUCCACACCUCUACACCUAGCAGCUGGCUACAACAACCUUGAGGUGGCGGAGUAUCUGCUGGAGCAUGGAGCAGAUGUGAAUGCGCAGGACAAGGGCGGCCUCAUUCCUCUCCACAACGCCGCCUCUUAUGGGCAUGUGGACAUAGCAGCUCUGCUCAUCAAGUACAACACGUGCGUGAACGCCACAGACAAGUGGGCAUUCACGCCACUCCACGAGGCGGCACAGAAGGGUCGCACGCAGCUCUGUGCCCUGCUGCUGGCCCACGGAGCCGACCCCACCAUGAAGAACCAGGAGGGCCAGACGCCACUUGAUCUCGCCACGGCGGAUGACAUCCGGGCGCUGCUGAUCGACGCCAUGCCCCCUGACGCCUUGCCCAGCUGUUUCAAGCCCCAAGCCACGGUGGUGAGCGCGGCGGUUAUCUCGCCUGCCUCCACGCCUUCCUGUCUGUCUGCCGCCAGCAGCAUUGACAACCUGGCCGGGCCCCUGGGCGAGCUGGCGGCGAGCGCUGCCCCGGGGCCCGCCGACGGGGCCACAGGUGCCGAGAGGAAAGAGGGAGAGAUUACAAUUCUGGACAUGAACAUCAGUCAGUUCCUGAAAAGUCUGGGGCUGGAGCAUCUACGGGACAUUUUUGAGAGGGAACAGAUAACCCUGGAUGUGCUGGCUGAUAUGGGCCAUGAAGAGCUGAAGGAGAUCGGCAUCAAUGCCUACGGCCACCGCCACAAGCUCAUCAAAGGCAUUGAGAGACUGCUGGGCGGUCAGCAAGGUGCCAAUCCAUACCUGACGUUCCACUGUGCAAGUCAGGGCACAGUCCUGAUCGACCUGGCUCCUGAUGAUAAGGAGUUUCAGUCAGUAGAGGAAGAGCUGCAGAGCACCAUCAGGGAGCACAGGGACGGGGGCAAUGCAGGAGGAGUCUUCAGCAGGUACAACAUUCUGAAGAUCCAGAAGGUGGUGAAUAAGAAACUUCGAGAGAGAUAUGCGCACAGGCAGAAAGAGAUUGCAGACGAGAACCACAACCACCAUAAUGAGCGCAUGUUAUUCCAUGGGUCUCCCUUCAUUAAUGCCAUCAUCCACAAAGGCUUUGACGAGAGACAUGCUUAUAUCGGGGGCAUGUUCGGUGCGGGCAUCUACUUUGCGGAGAACUCCUCCAAGAGUAACCAAUACGUUUAUGGCAUUGGUGGCGGCACAGGCUGCCCGGCGCACAAGGACCGCUCCUGCUACAUUUGCCACAGGCAGAUGCUGUUCUGCCGUGUGACCCUGGGCAAGUCUUUCCUACAGUUCAGUGCCAUGAAGAUGGCCCACGCCCCUCCGGGACACCACUCGGUCAUCGGGCGGCCCAGUGUGAAUGGCCUGGCCUAUGCGGAGUAUGUCAUAUACAGAGGCGAACAGGCCUACCCAGAGUACCUCAUUACAUACCAGAUCAUGAAACCGGAGAGUACUGCGCAGCCCCCAGCAGCAGCAGAGCAGAAGUCCUAGUGACAACCUGGCCCCACCCUGGCCCUGUCUCCACCCCCGUCUGCCACGGCCUCCUGCGCACCGCUCGGACUGUUACUCCAAUACUUGCCACACAUUCGGGCUCACUUUCUUUCCGUUGCAGUUUACCUUCCCCCAACAGUGUUAGAGUUGUGUUGGCAUGUGCGCAGCCCGACCCCAUGCCCUUCUGCUAGGAGAUGGGAUGAGGUGGUUUGGGGUCAAGGGUUAGAGGUCAUGGCAGCAGCCAUAAGUAUUAAGGCUGAAAGGAGCACAGGGGAGGUUGGAGAGGAAGUCAGCUUACUGCCUGUUCCACAUGAUCAUGGAUGAAAGACAACAAGUGACCUCUUUGCCACCCCCUUACCCUUUAAUACUGUUUUAAUCCAGUCCCCAGACAAGCAUUACAUGUCAUGUAGCUUCAUUUUGUUCAUUCAUUUUAUUGUGAUUUGUUGUUGUUCUGAGUGAUUUUAAAGAUGACUUACACUAUGAGAUGGACCAUGUCACCGUUAGCUCAAUAGGGACCUGCCAUUUGUGUGACAUUUUUCCCCUUAAUAUGUUCCUUGAAGCCAUUCAGCUGCUCCUCUUGUGUUGUAACUGUGUUUCUCUUUUGCUAUGAAUUGUUACGAAAGCCUUAGGUUUCUGAGUGGGCACAGAAGGUGGAACACACAUGGAAACCUGUUCUCUACAAAAAAUAAGCCUUUAAUAGUGAAAUAUAAAUACUUUCAUAUGGGAGUGUUUGACCUUGCACAGGAAAACUGGUCAGAAUUUUCAAGCCCAUUAUCAUAGCUGAAUCAUACACAUCUUUUUUUUAUCGACUUGCACUUUUAGACUGGAUUUAAGUUAUUCUAAAAAGAGGUGAUGUUAAAUAGCUGUCCUGUAUUGUCUUGGUUGUGUAACGCACAACACCUUGGAGAAACUAGUUGCUGUUUACUGAUGGAGAGUGAGUUCAUUAGCACUGUAUAUGAAGUGGAAGUUCCUUUUCUUCCAGAUCUUGCCUGGUCCUAGAUGGCAGGCUCUGGCUCUGCUUUUGCGGUCCCUCUUUUCCUUUGCUCUGCGUAUAGGGUGACGUUAACUGCGGGGCAAUUUGUUUUCCUGGCCUUGUUCAUUCCAAUAGAUUCUCCUCCUUUGAAACCCUGAAACCUGUGUCAUGGAACAUUACUGAUGUGUCAGCAGCUCUGCUUGCAAGCCUUGUGGGGUGCAGAAGAGGCCCAAGCUUACCAUUCGGCUGUUCGUGCACCCCAGCCAAGUUUUGUUUGCCGGUGAAGUAUCCCGGAUUGUUCCCACUGUGGUGUCAGUUUGGGCUACAGGCAGCCCCAGCACUGAAGCAGGGCUGGUCUCUGCUCCUCUGCACUAUAGUUAAGGCUCAGAUGGUGUUCUACUGGAAAUAGAGAGGUCCAAAAUGUUCACAUCUGCCGCUGCAAAUGCACGGUUUACCACUUGUCUCAGACUGGGAGUGAGAGCUCACCACCUCCGCCUCCUCCCAGCCUCACCCUUUCCAGUUUUUGCUCACCCGUCUAAUUGAUUUCCUGUUGGGCUUGUGUGUGUGUGUAUGGAUGGGUGGG